AUGACCAGCCUUCUCUGCGCCUGCCUGCCAUUCCUCACUCCAUACAUUCCCUGGACAAGACCAAGACCAAAGCCAACCUCACCCUCAACCUCACCCUCACCCUCAACCUCGAACCACCCCACAACCGCACCACCAAGCUCAGGCUUAGAGUCCUCAACAACGCCAAUGCCACUCCCAGACAGCACCAUCAACCCCGCCUACAUCUCCGAGCAAGAAGUCCACGAAAUGCUAGGCAUAUCCAACUGGACCCGAGAUCCCCAUACCUACACCAACACCAACAGACCGCCCAGCUCAAUCUACGGACCCGAGUCCUCCUCAUUACCGCCUACACCCACGACACCAUACAGCUUCCAGUUCCAGCUUCACGGCUACUUGGUUUCGACCGUUGAGGCAACGACAAUGACACAUGAGCAUAUGCUUGCGGAACGGCCGCUCUCCGCCUACACGUACACCUCUGCGUCGACUUUGCGGUCUGCGUCUGCUUCGGCGGCGGAGAGGAAUGGACCUGGGGUGGACUGCGUGGAUGGUGACAACGGAACUGAGCCCUCGCCCUCGACCUCGACCUCGACCUCAACCGAGUCGUCAAACGGCAUGAUCCACAAGGAGGUGAUCGUUGAGCAGCGCAUAGAAUAUGUCCCGUCCCAUACAUGA